CGCCCCCAAUAUCCUCAGCUGAUCACAGGCAGGAAAGAAGAAACGGUGGAACAAAUGACCUUUUCUGUCUGUAAACUCUGUGGUGGUUCGUGGCCAAUGCCAUGGUGCCCAUGGCAAAGUGGACUGUGAUUGUUUGAGGAAUUAGUGCGGUUGCUGUCGAAGUGAGUGACUGCUACGGGUAUUUGUUGGUGGGCUUUAUCAAUUUUGUAACAUUUUGUGAGUUUUUUCUUAUCAAACUAACUGUUUUGGCUGAAAUUUGUAGCCUUUAACCGGGUAUGGGUAUGGCUUACAAUUGUAGUAUUUAAAACUAUGGCCGGAAGUGACAGCAUGAAGAUUAAUGUGAAUUCAUCAACCAUGGUGCAGCCAGCAAAGUACACACCCAAACACACACUCUGGGUCUCCAACUUGGACCUUCUUGUUCCAAGAAUUCACACUCCCACUGUGUAUUUUUACAAGCCAAAUGGAACCCAAAACUUCUCUGAAGCUCAUCUCCUUACAGAGGCUCUUAGCAAUGUCCUUGUGCCCUUUUACCCUGUUGCUGGGAGGCUGCAGAGAGAUGAGAAAGGUAGAUUUGAGCUGUACUGUAAUGGGGAAGGUGUGUUGUUCGUGGAGGCAGAGUCAGACUCCACUGUCGAUGACUUCGGGAACUUUACGCCGUCGCCAGAGCUUCGGCAGCUGAUUCCGGCUGUGGAUUAUUCUGCUGACUGUUCCACUUAUCCACUGCUGGUGCUACAGGUGACCUAUUUCAAGUGUGGGGGAGUGUCUCUUGGUGUGGGGUUACACCAUACUCUUGCAGAUGGAAUCUCAGCUCUCCAUUUCAUCAAUGCAUGGAGCGACAUGGCACGUGGCAUACAUCUGAGGAUCCCACCCUUCUUGGAUAGGACUCUACUCCGUGGUCAAGACCCACCCAUCCCUGCAUUUGAUCACAUUGAAUACUACCCUCCUCCCUCGUCAAACCUACAAUCACCUCCAAAAACAACUUCCACAGCCAUCUUGAGAAUCACAGCUGACCAACUUGCCAUUCUGAAAACCAAGUUGAAGGGAGAGAAAGACCAAAAAAGGUACAGCACCUAUGAGGCAAUGGCUGCUCACCUGUGGCGCUCUGCAUGCAUGGCCCGUGGACUUCCUGAUGAUCAAGAUACCAAGCUCUAUAUCGCUACCGAUGGACGGUCCAGAUUAAUCCCUCCACUACCUCCUGGCUAUUUUGGCAAUGUUCUCUUCACAACCACAUCAACUGCUCCAUCAGGGGGGAUUCAAUCCGAACCAUUUAGGAGCACCGUAGACAGGAUUCACAAUGCUCUAUCACGGAUGGGUGAUGAUUAUCUGAGGUCAGCUCUAGACUACCUCGAGUUGCAGCCUGAUCCAACGGCUCUGAUUCGAGGGGCCCACACUUUCAAUUCCCCAAACCUCAACAUAGUCAGUUGGAUCAGGCUACCUAUAUAUGAUGCAGAUUUUGGGUGGGGGAGGCCUACAUAUAUGGGGCCCGCCAGUGUCAUAUUUGAGGGCAUGGCUUAUAUAUUACCGAGUCCACUCAAGGAUGGGAGUUUGUGGGUGAAUAUAUGCUUGGAGGCUCAUCACAUGCAUCUCUUCAAAAAAGUUUUCUAUGACUUUGAGGCAUUGUAAGCAAUGAAGAUUGAAUCAUCUUGCCCAUGUUUCAAAUUUCCUCUCUUAUGUAUCCAUAUAUGUAAUGUUAUUUAAUCUGCUAACGAUUGAGAAAUAAAGUUGGUUGUUAUUUGGGAAUCCCUUCUUGUUUUUUUUUUUUUGGGAUGUUGGG